GACAAGCACAGAAAGGAAAAGAUGGACGUGAAGCUGCUGUUUCUGACUGUUGUUCUUCUGUCUUCACCGCUCCUCACAUUAUCUGACCCACUGUAUGUUCUGUCAGCUCCUAAUUUGCUGAGGGUGGGUUCCUCAGAGAACGUGUUUGUGGAGGCUCAGGAUUACUCUAGAGAAGCCCUGAAUGUGAGGAUCAUAGUAAAGAACCACCCGAAGAAGAACCUGGAGAUACUGUCUAAAUCAGUGACAUUGACUGCAGACAACAAUUUCCAGAUCCUUACAGAUAUAAAGAUUCCAAGUGAUAGGGACUAUUUCUCUGACGAUCCUCUGGAGAAGCACUAUGUGUAUCUACAAGCUCAAUUUCCAUCCACCACUCUGGAGAAAGUGGUCAUGGUCUCAUUUCAGUCUGGAUAUAUAUUUGUGCAAACAGACAAGCCCAUCUACACACCUGCUAGCACAGUUCAGUACAGGAUCUUCUCACUGACAUCUGGUCUGAAACCAUUUGAGCAUGCUGGAAUAUCAGUAGAAAUCAUGGAUCCUCAAGGUAUCACAACUAUGAGAGAAACCAUAUUUCCACAGCAAGGGAUUAGAUCAGGAAAAUAUGCCGUACCUCAGCCUGCCAGUCCUGGGAUCUGGAAGGUGGUCACAAGAUUCACAAACACACCACAAAAGAAUUACACUGCUGACUUUGAAGUCAAAGAAUAUGUGCUUCCCACUUAUGAAGUCACAUUAUCUCCCAGUCAAUCAUUCUUCUGUAUGAAAGAUGCUAGUCUGACAGUUAGCAUUAAAGCAAGGUACCUACAUGGAAACAACGUGAAUGGACAUGCAUUUGUGGUUUUUGGCGUGAUGGAAAAUGAGAGGAAAACAAGUAUUCCUUCUUCUCUUCAAAGAGUUCAGAUAUCAGAUGGAGAAGGUAAUGCCAAACUAAUGAAGGAGAUGAUACUUCAGACCUUCCCAGACAUCAGCCAACUGGUUGGACGAUCAAUUUACAUUUCAGUCAGUGUUUUAACAAAUACUGGCAGUGAAAUGGUGGAAGCUCAAAGGAAAGGCAUUCAGAUUGUGACGUCACCGUACACCAUCCACUUCAAAAAAACACCACAAUUCUUCAAACCUGGAAUGCCCUUCGAUGUCUCGGUUUAUAUAACAGACCCUGACCAGAUGCCAGCUGAAAAGGUGGAAGUGGAGGUCAAUCCUGGAGGGGUCAGAGGUCGAACGAGAGCCAAUGGCAUUGCGAAGCUUACUGUUAAUUCUCAGGAAGGAACUUCCACACUGGAGAUCACUGUAAAAACCAAACAACCAAAAUUAGAUGACGACCAGCAGGCCAUGAGAAAGAUGACGGCUCAGGCCUACAUUCCCAAAGGUGGUUCCAACAACUACCUGCACAUCGGAAUCGAUGCUGCACAGCUUCAGAUCGGUGAUCAAAUGAAAGUCAAUCUGAACCUGGGAAGAAGCCCAGGAGUCAAAGAGCAAGAUUUCACCUACAUGAUCUUGAGUAAGGGUCAGAUUGUUCAAGUGGACAGGUUUAAGCGAAGAGGACAAUCUCUAGUGACUCUCUCUCUGCCUGUAACCAAAGACAUGGUGCCGUCCUUCCGCUUUGUGGCUUAUUAUCAUGUGGGCUCGGCUGAGGUGGUGUCUGAUUCAGUCUGGGUCGAUGUGAAAGACACGUGCAUGGGAAAGCUGAAGGUUCAGGUGAAGGAGCCUCGACCGAUCUAUGAGCCAGGAGAAGCUUUUAGCUUGCAGAUAACCGGAGAUCCUGGAGCUAAAGUUGGGCUGGUGGCGGUGGAUAAAGCUGUGCACGGACUGAACCAGAACAGACUCACUCAGACAAAGAUCUGGGACGUCAUAGAGAAGCAUGACAUCGGCUGUACAGCAGGAGGUGGAAGGGACAGUAUGGGGGUUUUCACUGAUGCAGGUCUGAUGUUUGAGUCCAAUGCUGCAGGAGGCACCAACACCAGAACAGUGCCUGAGUGUCUCGUACCUUUAAAGAGAAGAAGAAGAGCGAGUCUUCAGCGAGUCACAACUAUACUGGCUGGUCAGUACUCUGGUGAUCUGAGGAAGUGCUGUGUGGAUGGCAUGAGGGAUAAUAAACUUGGCUACACGUGUGAACGGCGAGCCACAUACAUCGUUGACGGACAUCACUGUGCCCAGGCCUUCCUGCACUGCUGCCAUGAUGUGGAGGCUCAUAGUAUGGAGGCUGGAGAGGAAGAGAUGAUUCUGGCUCGCAGUGAGGAUAGUGACUAUUAUGAGAGUUUUGAUGAAAUCACAUCACGUACACAGUUCCCUGAGAGCUGGCUUUGGGCAGAGGAAAUUCUUCCGGUCUGUCCAGAUAAAAACAAGUUAUGUGGAACAACAUCAGUCACAAGAGACAGAAUCUACCUAAAAGAAUCAAUCACUACCUGGCAAAUCUUUGCUGUCAGUCUGUCAAAAACUCAUGGCAUCUGUGUGGCGGAUCCAUACGAGAUGAUCGUUUAUAAGAGGUUCUUCAUUGAGCUGAAGGUGCCGUACUCAGCUAUUCGCAAUGAACAACUGCAAAUCAGAGCCGUCCUUCACAACUACACCAAGAAGAAAAUUAGAGCACGGCUGGAGUUCAUGGAGACAAAACACAUUUGCAGCUCUGCCAGCAAAAAGGGCACCUACCAAACUGAAGUGGAGGUCGAGUCCAUGUCCUCCAGGUCAGUCCCAUAUGUGAUUAUUCCCCUGGAGUUGGGCAAUCACUGGAUUGAGGUGAAGGCAGCAGCGUAUGACUCUGUCUACAGUGAUGGAGUGAGGAAGACCCUGAAGGUGGUGUCCGAGGGUGUGCUCACUAAGGUACAGGAGGCAAAUGUUGAGCUCAAUCCUGCUAAAAUGGGUGGAGUACAACAAGUAUCUGUCAGGAGCAACAAACCAGACACUCAGGUUCCCAACACACCUGCUAACACGUACAUCACGGUGACCAGUCAGGAGUUCAAUAAGUUGAUCGAGCAGGCCAUCAGUGGAGACUUCAUGGGGCAGUUUAUAGUUCAGCCUCGUGGUAAUGGAGAGGAGAACAUGAUCUAUAUGACUCUACCUCUCAUUGCUACUCAUUAUUUGGACAGCACCAAUCAAUGGGAGAACGUUGGCAUGGAGCGCCGUAAUGAAGCCAUUAACCAUAUCAGUACAGGUUAUCAGCGACAGCUAACUCUCUGUAAACCAGACGGGUCCUUUGCUGACUUGAUGAACACACCUAGCAGCACAUGGCUGACAGCAUAUGUGGCUAAAGUGAUCGCGAUGGCCAGUGAUCUGAUUGUCGUAGAUGAGAAUGUGAUCUGCAGCGCCCUCAACUGGCUGGCCAAAAACAAACAGCAGCCAGACGGCACGUUUAAAGAAAACGCACCUGUUGUACAUGAAGAGAUGCUCGGUAACGUACGUGGGAAAGAUGAUGAUGCCUCUCUGACUGCAUUCGUCCUGAUUGCCAUGCAGGAGGGAAGCAAGAUCUGUGCUGGAUCUACUCUUCAGAACAGUAUGAAAAGAGCCACUGAUUACCUGCUGCUGAGAGUUCACAGUCUGACCAGCACUUACGCUGUCGCUAUGACUUCUUACGCUUUGGCCCAUGCUGGAAAACUCAAUAAAGAAAUUUUGAAGAGUCAUUCUACCCAGAACGAAGCGGGUAUGUUCUGGCGGGUUCCUGGAGCACAUCAGCAUUCUCUAGAGGCCACAGGUUAUGCACUUCUCGCUCUGGUGAAAGCAAAGGAUUUCCAGAGCGCCGGAGCAGCGGUGCGCUGGCUGAGAGCACGGAGAGCCUCAUACGGAGGCCAUGGAAGCACACAGGCAAGCAUCAUCGUUUUCCAGGCCGUAGCUGAAUAUCGCAUGGAAGCGAAGAAGCAGGACAUGAAUCUGAACAUUGAACUCUCUGUGGAAGGAAGAAAAUCUCACAACAAAUGGACUUUCACUAGUUCCAACAAGCAUGUGACGCGCUCAGACAAGGUCAAACUGACACAGAAAUUCAAUGUCACUGCUCAAGGGAACGGACUGGCCACUCUCUCGGUGUUUUCUCUGUAUUAUGCUCUGCCUGAAGAGAGAGAAAAUGACUGUAAUGUAUUUGAUCUCAGUGUGCGGAUGAAGAAAGAGCAUGACGUGUCACAUCCAGGCGCCAUCGAAAGUUACCUGUUCACGAUUGAAACCUAUUUCAAGAGCUCAGAGAGAGACGCUGCCAUGACUGUUGUGGAUGUUGGUCUGCUGACAGGGUUUAAGGUGGAUGAAAAUGAUCUUUCAAAGUUAUCUAAAGGGAAAGAAAAGUACAUAGAGAGAUUUGAAAUGAACAUGGAGCUUUCUGAGCGUGGAUCGCUGAUCAUCUUCUUAAAUAAGGUUUCUCACACAGAGAGGGAAAGGAUUGCCUUCAGAAUGCACAAGUUGAAUGAAGUGGGAAUGCUGCAGCCCGCAGGAGUCACUGUGUACGAGUACAAUGCUCCAGAUGACCGCUGUGUGAAGUUUUACCAUCCUCAUAAGAAAGAUGGGGCACUGAACAGACUCUGCCAUGAGGACCUGUGCCAGUGUGCUGAAGAGAACUGCAGUCUCCAAAAGAAGCAUCACAUUAAGGAGUCUCAGCGUUCAUAUAAGGCCUGCGCGCCUGGAGUUGAGUACGUUUAUAAGACCAGAGUGGUGGGAAUGGAGCUUUCAUUGCAAGCAGACAUCUACAACAUGACCAUUGAGCAAGUGCUGAAAGAAGGCACUGAAGCAGAUGUGGAAGGGAAGAUGAGGUCUUUCUUGGCUCAUCCUUUUUGUAGAGAGUUUCUGGAUUUCCAAGAAGGCAAAACCUACCUGAUCAUGGGCCAAACCACAUCACUUCCAAGGAUUGGUGGAAGACUGAGAUACAACCUGGGUGAGGAGACCUGGAUUGAAUACUGGCCGACACAAGAGGAGGCCCAAACCCAAGAAUACAGAGACACGGACAUCGGCAUCGCUGCACUCGCUGACGAGCUCUUCAACUUUGGAUGCACAAGUUAAUGAUCCUGCUGCGAUGUCCCAUGAAAUCUGUAAUUCAAUCCCAAAACGUUGCUUGAUUUGUAUUUCCUUUUCUGGUAACACCUAAAGGCCUUAUCAUAGCAGGGAUGAUAAUUCUAAUGACAAUGAUAAAGAUUUAUUUUUCUUCUUCUUCCAGAAUCACUGCAAUAAAUUGUCAAUGUUCAUUAGCCUAAGCUUUAUGUAGUAGAUAGACCAGGGCUAGUUGUCACAGUUUUUACUCAUCAGAGAACCUUGAACAUACACAUGUUGUUAAAUAAAAACUAAAAUUAACUUUGCCACCCUAAUGCAGUCAGUUUGCAUGCAUAUGUGGAUUAAAUGACAUGAAUUUGUGCAGUUUAAUGUAGACCUUCCAAAGACAGCAAUGCAUGGUUAAAAGACUGAUUGAGUGCUAAUUAAAAUACCAAUUAAAAACCUGUCCAUUUUC